UCACAAGUCCAAUUUGUCAACUCCAUCUUUCUUCUCCAGAUCUCUCACAACAAAUAAUCAAAACACUUCAUCCAACAUACUUUCAAUUCCUUGUUUCGGCGAAUCUUAGUAUGGGUAAAGUUUCAGUAAUCAUUUACAUAACCAUAGCUCUGCUUCUUCUUUUAUUUCUUUCGCAAUCGCCCAAGAAGGUGCAGAACCACCGCCACCGGAGGCUUAAACUUCGCUCUUCUUUCCAUUUCAACUCUACACGUCACGAGCCGGUCCCCUUCGACCCGCUCGUCGCCGACAUUGAGCGUAUUCGCGAGGACAGGCACUGGGAGAAACAGUAUAUGGAACACGCGCAUCCUGAGCUUGUGAGCCACGAACACGAGCCUGCCCCGGGCCAUGAGAGUCAGCCCGAGUGGGAGGAUUUUAUGAAUGCUGAAGAUUACUUGAACGACGAGGAGAAGUUCAAUGUUACCAAUAGGUUGGUGCUAUUGUUUCCAAAGAUUGAUGUGCAGCCACCUGAUGGGUAUAUUAGCGAGAGUGAGUUGACUGACUGGAACAUGCAGCAGGCUGAGAGGGACGUGAUGCACAGGACUCAGAGAGAGUUGGAGACUCAUGAUAAAAAUCGGGAUGGACUUGUGUCCUUCGCAGAGUACGAGCCUCCCAGUUGGGUUCGUAAUGCAGAUAAUAGCUCUUUCGGCUAUGAUAUGGGUUGGUGGAAAGAGGAACAUUUUAAUGCGUCGGAUGCAGAUGGAGAUGGUCUUUUGAAUAUAACCGAGUUUAAUGAUUUUCUACACCCAGCUGAUAGCAAAAAUCCAAAGCUGAUAUUGUGGUUGUGCAAGGAAGAAGUAAGGGAAAGAGAUUCAGACAAAGAUGGGAAAGUUAAUUUUAAAGAAUUUUUCCAUGGGCUCUUUGACUUGGUAAGGAACUAUGAUGAUGAAGUUCAUAAUUCUUCUGAUCCAUCUGAUGACUCAAUGGAUGCCCCAGCUAGACAGCUGUUUUCUCAGCUUGACAAAGAUGGUGACGGAUAUUUGUCAGAUGUAGAACUACUUCCAAUUAUUGGAAAACUUCAUCCAUCAGAGCGAUACUAUGCAAAACAACAAGCAGAUUACAUCAUAUCACAGGCAGAUACAGAUAAAGAUGGUCGUCUAACCCUGAUAGAGAUGAUUGAGAACCCUUAUGUAUUUUACAGUGCUAUUUUCAGUGAUGAGGAGGAAGACGAUUUUGACUACCAUGACGAGUUCCGUUAAUUUCAUGCUAGGAUACUGAGAAAACAAGAAUAGAAUUCAAAUUCUUUUUUAGUGAGAAUGUACUACUUAAUAUAGAAUUAUAGUUAUGGAAGUUUUUACAACUUUCAUUGAGGAUGAUACUCUGCAAAAUGCCUUACAGGAUUUUGGAGAUACCGACUGUCUCCAGAAUUUAAACCUUAAAUGGAUGGGCAGUUGGAAUAUUAACUUACUGGGGAGCAAUUUGUUAAAGAUACUUUUACUUUUCAGUUAUUGGUUUUUUUAGUUGAUAUACAUGUACCAUAUAAGUUAUUGAUCAUCAUUAAUUGUUCAAAGCGGGGUAGUUUUGAGUCCAUGGGCUCCACUUUUGGCUUUGAUUGGCUUGCCGGUAAAAAAUCUAUAGCUACUGUUAUUGGCGUUUGUUUCCUUUUGAAUAUUUAACGAAUAUCUUCCAUUAAAAUUUGGGCAAAUCUUGGCUCAAAUUCAUGUUG